CUUGGAUUCUAGGAUGGUGGAUGUGCAAGACAGUGCCGUACAUACAGGGCGUUUCAGUCGCGGCGUCCGUCUACAGUCUGGUCGCGGUAUCACUGGACAGAUUUUUGGCAAUUUGGUGGCCCCUGAAAUGCCAGAUAACAAAAAAGCGCGCCAAAUCCAUCAUAAUGUUCAUCUGGUUCGUGGCCCUGACCACCACCAUCCCAUGGGCGCUCUACUUCGACCUGGUAAUCAUCUUCAGCGACAUGCCCAGCGUACAACUGUGCAUAGAGGUGUGGCCCGAACCUGCCAAUGGCUCCCUCUAUUUCCUCACUGCCAAUCUGCUCUUCUGCUACAUCUUCCCCAUGAUCCUGAUCAGCAUGUGCUAUGUGCUCAUCUUCAUCAAGGUGUGGAAGAGAGACAUCCCGACCGAUACCAAGGAUGCUCAGAUGAAGAAUAUGCAGCAGAAAUCCAAAGUAAAAGUGAUCAAGAUGCUCGUUGCUGUCGUCAUCCUGUUCGUGAUUUCAUGGCUGCCCCUGUACGCCAUCUUUGCCAGGAUCAAAUUGGGAGGCGAAAUAGAGCCAUGGGAAGAUGACAUACUAUCCAUCGCCACACCCGUCGCUCAAUGGCUGGGAGCAUCUAACUCCUGCAUCAACCCAAUUUUGUAUGCCUUCUUCAACAAGAAAUAUAGAAAAGGUUUUGUAGCUAUAAUCAAGAGCAGAAAAUGCUGCGGGAGGCUGAGAUACUACGAAACGGUCGCCAUGAUGUCCUCCUCAACCAGUACACGAAAAUCGUCACAUUUCUACAACAACAACUCCUCAACCAAAAAGAUCCCUCCCGUGCACGACUUCGCAGUCUCCUACAUCUACAACAACACGGGAGUCUAAGUCCAGCCUGGAAACGGCUUUUGGACCCUCACAUGCACUUAGAACACAUUUGUCGUCUAUGCGCUCAACUGUGAGCUCUUUGGUAACGUUCGCCGUCUAGGGGCGGAAGUAAGAGUUCUUUGGCCGACGACGAGCAAAAGAAUAAUUAUGUCAAUGUUUUUAGAGUAAGGAAUCAGUGCUGUACUAAUCUUAUGGAAAAUUGAAUUCAGUAAAACGAUAUGAAUUAGAGAUAUGAUCUAGAGUUAUAAAGGAUAAGUUUUGGUUUUGUUAGUAUUUGCAGCCAACAUUUUUUUCAGUAGAAAAUGUCUAGUAUUCCUGUGUUAUGGCGGAUCAACAGCCCAGGAAUAUUAGUCUUUUUCUGAUAUAAAAUCGGAGCUGACAUUUUUUCAGCAGAAAAAGCCUAAUUUUCCUGUGCUGUUGCUCAUUAACAGCCCAGGAAUACUAUCUUUUUUCACACCCAACAUCUUUUUCAGUAAAAAAAUGCAUAAUUUUCCUGUGUUAUAGCGGAUCAAUAGCCAAGGAAUAUUAGACUUUUUCUGAUUUGAAAUCGCAGCAGAAAAGGCCUAAUUUCUCCGUGCUGUUGCUCGGGAAUAUUAGUUUUUUUCUGAUAUAGGAUCACAGAUAACAUUUUUUUCAGUAAAAAAAUGCUUAAUUUUCCUUUGUUAUAGCGGAUCAAUAGCCCAGGAAUAUUAGAAUUUUUCUGAUAUGAAAUCGCAGCUAGCAUUUUUUCAGUAGAAAAUGCCUAAUUUUAAUAGAAAACUAAUAUUUUUAUACAAAAUCCCAGCUGGUAUUUUUUUAAUAGAAAAGACCUUCAAUGAGAAAGAAUAAGCUAGAAAUAAUAUUUUCAGGCUAAUAUGCGAUGACAAAAAAUGGUACUGACAUUUUGCAUCUAUUCCAAAAUUUUUCGACUUAUUUCGUUUUUACAGAAUACCAAAACAAUGCGUGGGAGCUAAAAUGGCGUUUGAGUCGAUUUUCCAUAAGAUAAAUACACGCUUCCUUAAAACCUAGUUGUGAGGUAUGUAGGUUAAAUGUUAUGUCUCGACAAUAAUAUUGUCAAAAAAAUCACAUGCUAAAUGGAAACCUAAGGCAGAAAAAUGAAUACUUACUCUGUAUGUAAGGAGUUCCCAUUCUUUUUCGUUUUUAUCUUACGGGUAUUUGAGGGUCUUACUGGAGGAUUGGCAAGGCAACAGAAUCUCUCAAAUAUACCCACAAACAAAUAAAAAGAAUGAAUUACUAGAACCGUAUAAAAAUUUUGAACCAAUUGACACUCGCUAUCCCACAAACUCUAAAUAUAUUGAACUCGCCAGAUCUGUCCUCAAGUACGAUUUUUAGUACCUGAGUGUAUUUUCUCUGAUAAUAUUUUUUACUUUUUUUAGAACCUUGAACAAGCUUGUGGUAAAUAUAAGCUUUAACUGUUUGACCACUGUAUUUUGUUCAGCAUCACCUGGAGAGUGUCUUAUAAUAUUCACGAUUACCCUGUGUACUAUAUUUUUCCACUAUUCGGAUCCUCGAUAAAGGCAGACCUCUUUGUAGAUACAAGAAACGAACAGUUAUGACGUCAUCUCAGGGAAAUAUACAGUAUGUCCAAAAUUCACAUCAAACUGAACUCUGCAAUUCAAAAAACACAAUUUUAAUAGUUGUAGCUGGAGGACGUUAUAAGGACAUUAAAUUAACGUGGCAGGCUUCAAGUACGUUAUUAUUACGUCAUGGAAACGUCGAUUUCACGAACGCUGUUCCAGACUUGGUCACUAAUUGGUCACAAAACGUCGCCGACUCAAAAGAAAAUUAUGGCGUACCAGAGCUGUUAGAAGGUAUUAUUAAAUGUAUUGGAAACAAGGCUUACUGUAAAGUUAUAAGUUUACUCUGAGAUGGACGAAUCAGUAACUGUGAGGAGCGUUGCUUGGUUUAGGUGUUCUUAUUUCUAUCACUGUAUUUUGAUAAGUUCGCGCAGAUUCUGCAACGAUUUGGUUUUGCAAUGUGACUAGCUAUUAAGGCACAAGUAAGGUAAGAUGCUACAUUAGGUUAGCAGAAACUUACAAGUUUAAUUUUUUACGUGAACAACAAACGCUUAAAUCUAUAGAUAAUUGCACAUAUCCUAAACUAUCUAACAUUUAAGUUACAGUGAUCUGGGACAUCGCUGAAACAUCUUUAUCAAUGGUUGAAAUAAAAUUCAUGUAAAGUGCUUUUAUGCUAAUCUAAUGUACGGGAAAUAUAAGUAGGUAGAUGGAUAUCGUAGAGAAAUAAUAUUGGUAUAUCCUAGAUAGAAUGUCUUUUAAAGACACACAAAGAUGUAUUGCAGGUGACUUUUAGUUCGAGAUUUAGGUGUAUAGGGAUAGAAACGACAUUAAGGUACGAUUUUACUAUUGAUCCGCAAGAAUCAAAAUUUGCGUCUAUGGAACAAAUUCGACCAAUGAGAAUGCUUUUUUGAAUGGAUAUGGUUGAUUUCUUGCAAAAUGUCUCUCAAACAAAACAAACUUUGUGACCCAGGCACAAAUUUCACCAAUCGAAAAGAAGAAAAGUAGUAACACUUACGAGGUCUGUAAAUUGAGUGAUGCAAUUAUUUUAUUCAAAUUAUUACAAUUUCAUAUUUUCCCCCUCAAAAUAACUUCGUCCUGAAGCUAGUCAGCGCUGGAGACGGUUUUUCCACUCUUCAUAGCAGUGCUGAACUAGCCUUCAGCUGGUCGGUUAAAGCUUUUUGAAUGCUUAAGACUAUCUUAAAAUAAGUUCCCUGGACUUCGGGGCGAGAAAAAAGUCACAGGGACUCAACUCAGGCGAAUUUGGAGGCUGAGGGGCAACAGGAAUGUUUUUACUUUACAAAAAAAAAAAAAUCGCUACCGACAACCAAAUGACUCGACCGAGUUCAAACUUGUACUGAAGGCGGAUCACACGUUCCGGACCCGGUACUUGCACUUAUAGAUGAUUUUUCCUGAAAAUAUCAAUAUUUUCGUAGGUUCUGUAGCUAUAAUCAAGUGCAGAAAAUGCUGUGGGAGGCUGAGAUACUACGAAACGGUCGCCAUGAUGUCCUCCUCAACCAGUACACGAAAAUCGUCACAUUUCUACAACAACAACUCCUCAACCAAAAACUCCCGUGCACGAAUUUGCAGUCUCCUAUACGGGAGUCUAAAUCCAGCCUGGAAAUGGCUUUUGGGCCAUCACGUGCACUUGGAACACAUUUGUCGUCUAUGUGCUAAACUGUGAGCUCUUUGGUAACGUUCGCCGUCUAGAGGCGGAAGUAAGAGUUCUUUGGCCGAAGACGAGCAAAAGAUUAUGUCAAUGUUUUUAGAGAAAGGAGGAAUUCAGUGAAGCGAUAUGAAUUACAGAUACGAUCUAAAGUUAUGAAGGAUAUGUUUUGGUUUCGUUAUUUUUCUGCUUCUUUUACAAAACAAAUCGCUACGGUCAACCAAAUAACUCGAGAGAGUUCAAACUUGUACUGAAGGCGGAUCACAUGUUUCCCUGUCUCCCCUGCGAGCCCGGCACCUUCAAUGUUGCCAGAUCGAACGCAACGUUGCCAGUUUCAUCACUUAAUUUACAGACCUCAUAUUUUCAAUGUGACUAUGAUGCAAACGCUUCUUUUGUCUAUGGGUCUCAAAUUUUGUGCUCAGGUGCAAAUGAUUGGGGAGGCAACCUACACAAAUCGUAUAACUUUUCUCUAAUUUGAGGGAUGUUUUACAAGAAACCGACCAUAUUUAUUAAAAAUACCUUCGUUUUGGUACGAUUCGCAAAUUUUAGUUUCCGCGGCUCCACAGAAAAAUCAAACCUGAAUAUCACUUGUUGUAUGUAAGACACAGUAGAUGAUAAUGAUAUGUCUUAGCAGCAAAUAAAUCGAUACGAUAUGAGGAACAUGUGAAAAUGAAAAUGCAAUAUAAUUUUUUAUAAUGUAUUUACUUUUUGUGCUACCUUGAGGUGGCACGUCUCUUUUUUAGAUUUCUUUUCAACUUCCUGUUUGCAGCAGUAAAUCCUUUUUAUCUGAUAAUUUCACGGUGUGUAUAGAGAUGACUAAAAAACAAUGUCUGUCAAAAAAUGCAUUUUUGUGCGUUCUUUCUUCCAUUAGAACUUGUUAACAAAUAUAAGUACAGCUCUUAAAUUGUGUGUGAAUAUUCGUCUUUUACAGAAGAAUGAAACAAGUGAUUACUUUUGUUCUUAUCACUUUUCCUUUUCGAAAAAUCUUUGCUUUUCUUGAAAACUCAACUGUGAAACGAAGCUUCAAGAAAGUUUUCAUCUGAUAAUUUCAUGGUCUGAAUAGGUAUGACUGUUUUAAUUUUUGUUUGUCAAAAAAUGCAUUCUGUGCAUUUUAUUGUGCAUUCUUUCUGCCAUCGGAACUCGUCAACAAAUAUGAGCACAGCUCUGAAUGUGUGUGUGAAUAUUCCUCUUUCAUGGAAGCAUGAAACAAGUGAUUACUUUUGUUCUUAUCACUUAUACUUUUCGAAAAAUCUUUGAUUGUCUUGAAAAUUCAUUUUGCUGCGAGACGAGGUGUCAAGAAAAUUUUCAUUUGAUAAUUUCAUGCUAGGUUUUCAUUUUUGCUUGUCGAAAAGCGCAUUUUUGUGCAUUUUAUUGUGCAUUCUUUCUUCCAGCGGAACUUGUCAACAGAUAUAAGUACAGCUCUCAAAUUGUGUGUGAAUAUUCCCAUUUUAUGGCAGAAUGAUGCAAGUGAAUAUUUUUGUUCUUAUCACUUUUCCUUUUAAAAUAAUAUCUGGUUUUCUUGAAGUUCCGCCUCACAGCAAGUUGAGUUUCCAAGAAAAGCAAAGAUUUUUCGAAAAGCAUAAGUGGUAAGAACAAAAGUAAUCACUUGUUUAAUUGUUCCAUUGAAGAGGAAUAUUCGCACACAAUUUCAGAGCUGUACACAUAUUUGUUGACAAGUUCCGAUGGAAAAAAUGAUGUUCAAUAAAAUGUACAAAAAUGCAUUAUUUACAAAAAAAAAAUGAAAACGUUGUUUUCUAGUCAUCUCUAUACACAACAUGAAAUUAUCAGAUGAAAAGGAUUUAGAAUACUGCUGCAAACAGGAAGUUGAAAAAAAGAUCUAAAAAAAGAUACCUAGGUUUAAUGUACUUGACCGUUUCUACUGGACUCUUACAGCAACAACAUUGCUAGAUCGCAAAUCGAGUGAGAUAUUUCUUAGGAAACAAACGUCAAUACCGGAUAAAAUUUCCGUUUUUAGUUUUUGACAAAUAGUCGAAAAUAUAAUUGCAAGGGUAACACUGCCAAAUGUUUAAGUUACCUUUGCCGUGUGAAUAGCUGUAAGAGUUCAGAUCACUUGUGAGAAACACGAUAUUUUUGAAAACGAACACGUGCAGAAAAGUAAUUUUUUAGAUAUCGACGUUUAGCUUUAAGGAACAUCGUAGCUAAUAAAAAUUUGGAAAGUGAUAGAAUAGAUUUUGAUAAGGAAUGGUGCUGGUUGUUGGAAAAUUUUCAAUAUGGCUGUAAGAAUCCACUGUUACUUAGCAUCUAUUUUAGUCAUACAAUUUUUGACCGCGUUUAUACUUAAUUUCGAGAAAAAACUUGAGCCAACACUUUUAAACCUUGUCGUGAAAUAGUGAUUUUUUUAGAUUCGUGGGUGCUAAGUGCAGUGAAUUAUUUCUUGAUUGGUACAGUUGUGAUGCUUUUAGAUUAGAAAAAUUUGACUCAGUGUUUUACCAAAUUGCCGAUAGAUAAAUUUGAUUUUACAGAAAAAUCCAGAUUUUAUUGAAAAAUUUGGCAAAUUGCAUUGAGUCAAGUAAAUAUCUCGAAAAGACAUGAGAAUAGGUAUAUUUAAAACUAGAUGUAGCACAGGAUGCAUUUUUGAGACAAAGAUAUCUGUAACCGCUUUCAAAACUUUAACAACUGCGCUUUUUGGGGUGCUAGUAGAUAGUAAUUUUCCUGAGUCUUUAAAAUAGUAUAUCGAAUCUCUUAUAGGUGAAAUAGCAGGAUUAAUUUAUUAAGAAAAUAGAAGAGACACUGUACUGUAAAAGGCAAAGUAUAAACGUGAAUUUCACCUUUAGGCUAAAGUUCAAACGAUCCCUUUAGCUUCUAUACGCAGAUCUGAAGUGAGAGAAAAAGCUACGUUUUGUUGAGGUUGUCGCUGUUCGAUUCAGAAAUCCAGGUUCAGUAACUUGUCCAUUUCGACGGCCUUUGUACGAUAUAAACAAACCUAUGCGUCUCGGGAUGAAAACAUCCAGGAAAACUAUUUUAAUACACACUCUGAGCAGCAAUAGGAUCUUGAAUACACUCACCGUAAACCAGGAUCAAAUUGUCACUGCUGUUAGAAUGUUUUUCAAAUCCAAUUGUAAAUAAACAGAGCUAAUCUUAAUAGCUUGAAUGUCUUAAAGUUCCGGUAUGUAUGUUACUAAAAAAAUUUGCUAUUGUUACAUGAACUAUACGCUAUAUAGGACGCGCUUGGCCGACAUAAAAUUAAAUAACAGUGCUUUAAAAUGAAUUAAGCACGAAAUAUUAUUCGGGAUCUUGCAGGCCUGGGUUUGAAUCUAGACACUUGACAACUUCAAAAAUUAUGAUUCUUAUCCAUUUCUAGACUUUAAAUUUCUUAAAAAAACUCUUUAGAGACGUUUAAGGUUUUUUUUCAGAAUCAUCCAAAAAACCCUAAGCUUCUUUUAAUUUGCUUGAAAAUUGUUUAAUUUGGUGACCUCUUGAUUAACGUUGUAGGGUAACAAACUUGACUAUCAAACGGUUUUGGUUUUCACAUUGACUAAAUUUUGUGAUGCUUCUUCCUGUAAUAUGAGAAAAUCACCAUAUACGUAGAAAUGUUAUAGUCAGGAAACUGUGAUAGAUUACCUUAAUCUACAAAGCACCUCAAAUCAACAUGGGUCACAAAUUAUAGUAUCUCGAAACGAUUGCAAAGAUAACACUUAUUUUUUCACUCGUAGCCAAACUGCUAUAUCCACAGUUUACUAUUAUUACAAUCGAUAUAUUGCGUAGAAACAACGAUGUAACUAUUAUUGUAACGUUUUUAAUACUUAUAAGUAGUGGAUUUUGCCCUAACGUCUUAUAGAAUCGUAUCUUUGGGAAACUUCCAAUGCAUUCGUGUUUCCGUAUAAGGUUUUUGAGAGUAUUUUUGGAUUUGUAUAGGAAGCAUAAGAUGUCUUAGAAAUAUUUGAGAAAGCAAAGGGUGUCUCAUUGAAAUUCAUAAUAAUGAUCUUAAUAUUUCAAGCCAUAUCAUGGUAAUUUUUUGCAACGUACCGUUUUUGUGCAUUUUAUUGAGCAUUCUUUCUUCCAUCGGAACUUGU